CUGUGCACAAAUUAAAUGUGCAUGUGGUAAUUUCACAGCAGUGUUGUUCUCUAUGGUUGCGACACCAGCCAUGGCUCUCGGAAACGAUGUUCCGUACGUUAGUACUACUGAAGAAAUUCAUUCCAGCUGUUGGACUAAAACAAGAAAAAUAUUUUCACCUUUAUUUACGAUAUCUUUCCUGAAGGUUUUCCUUGGAGGCCAAGCAUUGUCCUUGCUCAUCUGUGGCACAGGGGUCACCAGCCAGCUCCUGAACGACAAUCAUGGAAUCAACGCCCCCACUACCCAGAGCUUUGCAAACUAUCUUCUCCUGGCGCUGGUGUACUGCACCCUCUUGUGCCUGCGCAAGACCAGGGAGAAGAACUUUUACCACAUCUUCACCAAGCGAUGGUGGAAGUACAUUCUGAUAGCACUCGUAGAUGUGGAAGCAAACUACUUGGUGGUGAAGGCGUACCAGUAUACAACUCUUACGAGUGUACAGCUGUUGGAUUGUAUCACCAUACCUGUGGUAAUCUUACUGUCGUUCCUCAUCCUGCGUACUCGCUAUCGCAUCAUUCACAUUGCUGGUGUGGUAACAUGCAUUGCUGGCCUUGGGGCUCUCAUUGGAGCUGAUGUACUGUCAGGCAGAGCUGGUGAUGGCACAGCCCAGAACAAGCUAUUGGGUGACAUUUUUUGUUUGCUUGGAGCAAGUCUUUAUGGUGUCUCCAAUGUAGCACAGGAGUAUGUGGUCCGUCAGUACACACGGACAGAAUUCUUGGGCAUGGUCGGACUCUUUGGGACAUUUGUAUCUGGAAUACAACUGGUGGCCCUGGAGCGUCAAGAACUCGCCACCUUCUCCUGGAACAUUGAGGCGAUCCUGUUGCUCCUAGCCUUUGCAGCGUGUAUGUUCUGUCUCUAUUCUCUCUUCCCUGUGGUCAUCAAGUGGAGUAGUGCCACAGUGGUCAACCUGUCCAUCUUGACAGCUGAUAUGUACACCUUGUUCAUCGGGCUCUUCGUGUUCCAUUUUGUGUUUUCUGGGCUGUAUCUCUUUGGCUUUGGCCUCAUCUUCACUGGAGUGAUCAUCUACUCUCUCAAACCAACAAAGGAUGCUCCUUCGGGACCAAGGUCAUACAGUCUGUUCCACAACAAUCAGUCAUCGGAAAACAUCACCCGCAUCAGCAUCCGCGAUGAUGACGAUACCGCCGAAGGGACGACGACGACCUUGACGGAUGGUGUUGACAUUGAAGGUGCAGCGCCGAGGGAUGACGAUACCGAGCAAUUACAUAAAGAAUUUAGCAAGAGUCUCAAUGGUGAUUCGAACUGAAGGAGAAGGUAACCUCACUCGCUUAGAGGUUGCCCUUUUUUUUUAUUGUAUUCUUUUUGUAAGUUAUUAUUGAAUUUGUAAGAAAAUUAUUCCGUCUCUGCUUUGGCCGGCGCGGCUGGAUUUGGACUAUGGAAAGGUGCAAGGUUUCAUGGAAAUUUAAUUGGAAUGAACUCGGCUGUCAAAGCAAGAUCUGCAAUGAAUCCAUAAGCUGUGUAUACAUCAUCCACUGAAGGGAAAUCUGUGGAAGUGCCGAUGUAAUAAGAAAUCAGUUCUUUGCAGGAGAAACAUUCUCUCUAUGUAUCUACAUGUGAUCAUCUACCUGAUACAAAAUUUCCAUUGGUGGGACAAAGACUUAAAGACAGCAAAAUAAUAUUUCAUUUGCUUGCUUCAGUGAUUGGAAAUGCCGGACUGUUGGGCCAAAAGGCAGCAAUGCUAUAUUAAAAGCAUAUGGGUCCCUUUUACCACUUGAGUUCAAUUUUAUUCACUGUGGUACAACUGUAGUUAUAGAUUACUUCACAACACUAAUCAUGUUACCUUAUCUAUUUGCUUGAAUGAUACAUGUAUUUGCUCCAUACAACUUCUUUCACAUCUUUUCUGCCGAAAGGAUUCAUUUGAAAAGUCAUAAUCAAUAAUCAAAGCGUAUUGAUAUCACUUACGAUGACUGUACAAACCCAGUGCACUAUAAAGCAAUGUAGGAAGUUCUAUUUUCUACUAACUGCUGGGAGAGCUCCUCAUUGAAAUUGACCUUGAAAACGACAUUGAGGGCAAUUCUAUAAAGUAUAUACAUUCGACCUCCCCCCCCCCUCGUCAGUUGUCAGUUGACCUUCUCAUAAUGGAUUGUCUCUGUUUUCUAGUUCAUAUACAUAUAAAAGGAUGUAAUGCUCUCAAACUAUCGUGCCUUGAAGAGUUAAUGGAGUUAUUAGAAGUAAAAUGAAAGUAAAAUGGUUCAUAAUUUUAUGAAAUUUCCAUUGAGAUUUAAAUGUACAUGUACAUGAAAAUGUACGACACUGUUUUAAAGAGGUAAAUCAUGUUGAGAAAAAUCUUACUUCGUUUUGGGAGAAAUUACUUUACACAUUGAUAUCAUGCUGUAACCAUAUUGAUAUACCUCCUAUGUUAAUUGCACAGUUUGAAUAAUUAAUUGAGAAUGGUAUCUUGACUUCCUGCAGCAGAUACGAAGAAGAGUUCUUGCGUCAUUUGUUCUCAAUGGGAACAAUAUGUGGUCAAGUACAUUCUAUGACAUAAAAGUCAGGGGGAGGGGGGCAAAGCAGUGAGCUGAUUGAUACACUUCCCAUGCUUUCAAAGUAAUUGCUCAAAAUAGAUAUGGAUUUCUCGUAAAUUCGCAAUCAUGUUUUAGUAACCUGGGGGUGUUACACAAAGAUUUAAGUAUGACUUAAGAGUCGCACUUAAUGCCGACGCGUACAUGAUAUGCUACAUGCAAUAUCUUAUUGAUCAAUACGCAUUAGUGCGUGUCCUUUUGGCAUGUUCUGACCAAUGCGGUCUUGCUUUAUAUACUGCACACAACGAGGCGGACUCUAAGUCGUACUUAAAUCUUUGUGAAACACCCUCCUGGUUACUAUAGAUAGGAAUAUGUGUUUUAUUUUCUGGAUUUUUAAGCAUUUUUUUCCUUAGCUACUUGGAGGCACAGAGUGGAUCCAGAUGUAGUCUUGGCAAACCUAAAAGUACCACUGAUGUACAAACAGAAGCUUUUUAUAGUCAUCUGAUAUACUUGUAUGUUAAACAUAAAUCUUGUGCUUUACGUCCACUGUGUUAAAAAGGUGAAUAGAUAUGGUUGCCUGUACAGAGAUGCCUUUUUCUACUUUGACAUUAAGCUGUCAUUUAUUGUACAUAAUUUCAUUGUACAUGAUUGUUCUUAAUCAUUUGAUUUGAUAUAUGAUUGUAUAUAAUUAUACUGGAACAGUACAAGUAUUAUUCACAGCGCAAAUAUUAUUAGCAAUGUAUCAUUUAUUCAUGGUAGUUUGCAUAUUUCACUUAUCUUCUCGUUUACAGCUAUCUUUUUCUUAUCUCUUUCUUAUUAUCUUUUCUUGCUUUUUUUUUAAAUUAUAUGCAGUAUUCUAAUUCAAGUUCAAUUUACAGAGAAUUAUAAAAAGAAUCAAAGAUUCUAACUUAAACAAAUCAUGCAGCCAUCUCGCACAGAUACCUGUAGGCAAUCAUUAAAACUAGUACAUGAGUUUUGUUAAAAUUGGUAUACUUAUUUUUUACACUGGAAUGUUGCUCUGAUUGUACAGAAAUAGUUCAAGUAUUACAUGAUUCAUGUAUUAGCUGUUGGUCAUUAAUGCAAUGUGAUUUUGCAAAAUAUUUCAAAGUGCAAAAACUUGAAACGUGUAUUCUCUUUUUUUUCUCAAUUUCUGUAUUCAAAUUCAAGUUUGAUCAGUUAAUGCUUUAUUAUAAAACAUCAUGCCAGAAGAUU